UUUUAAAGUGGUGAUAACUGCUCAGUCAGUUCCCCACAUUCCGCAUCUUUUUCUCGGGUUCUGUCUGGUUUUCGAAGGAUCGCUGGUUAUAUGUUAGCGCAGAUUUCCCUCCAUUCUCAGACACCAAUUUACAUAGCAUGGCAACUCGUUUUGUCUCCUCCAUAUUUGUGAAACCUAAUUGUCGUCAGUGAGAGGGCUGAUGAAAAACCCAGCCAUUCGCAAAAAGUGCACAACUAGAACGCCUCGGUGUGACGCAACCGGGAGUAUUUAGGUGAAUUGGGGAAGUUUGGGUUAAGCCUGAGUUUUGAGCCGGACACUGAAUCAGAGAGCUCAGAAAUCCCCGAGCUCAGGGUGAAGGUCAGCUGCGAACUGAGAGUGGAAACUUUCUGUACAGAGGACUGGGAGACUGUGGACGCUGUUUACAAUGUCUGCAUUCUGCACGGCGAUCCUUUCUCUCGGGGUCUUAACAUUCACUUCAUCAGCAAAGGGAGCCCAGGGAUCAGUGCCCAUUUCAAUUGGCUGUACCACCAGAGGUGCUUAUUUUAAGGAGAAUCGGGUGGAUUUGCUAUGCCCACCACGUUGCGAUUACUCCCAGCUAUCUGUCUGGGGAUCUGGAGUGUAUGCCUCAGUCUCCAGUAUCUGUGCAGCUGCAGUUCACAGCGGUGUGAUUAAGACUUCGGGAGGAAUAGUUCGUCUUCAGAAAUCAACAGGACAAGAAAAUUAUCAAUCUUCCACCGCAAAUGGGAUAAGAUCGUUGCCGCUUUCUCAAUGGAUGAGCUCCUUUUCAGUCUCCAAAAUUGGAAGAAAAGCACUCGAGGUAUCUGGACCACCAAAAGCUACAGUUGUUCCAACUGCUGUAAGACCAACAAAGAAAAAAGCUGCAAAAUCUGGAAAAAAGAUUUUAAAAGUGAACAAGGAGUGCAAAGCUGACAUUGCCUUCUUGCUUGAUGGGAGCUGCAAUCUUGGUAAACGCAGAUUUGAGCUUCAGAAGAAUUUUGUCAUUAGAGUCACCAACUCACUUGGUGUUGGACCACAAGGACCACUUGUUGGCAUUGUACAAGUAAGUGAGAAUCCUAAAACUGAAUUCAACUUGAAAAAUUUCACUAAUUCAAAGGAUGUGGCCUCUGCAAUCAAAAAUGUGACUUACAGAGGAGGUAGCACCAAUGUUGGUAAAGCUCUAAUUCACACGACAGAAAACUUUUUCACUCCUGAUAAGGGGACGCGGCCUGGGUACCCAAAAGUCAUAGUUGUUGUGGUGGAUGGAUGGCCCUCAGAUGAAAUCGAAAGAGCAGCAAAUCUGGCCAGAGAAUCUGGCGUGAAUGUUUUCAUUGUCUCCGUUGCAAAAGCACUCCCAGAAGAGCAAAAGAUGGUCCCAGACCCUACCUACAUGGAUAAGAUUGUUUGCAGAAACAAUGGGCUCUUUUCCUAUGCUAUUCCAAACUGGUUUGGGACAUACAAGUUUAUAAAACCUAUAGCACAAAGGUUGUGCUCCUACGACCAGAUGACAUGCAGUAGAACUUGUUAUAAUUCAGUAAACCUCGGCUUUCUUAUCGAUGGAUCCAGCAGUGUUGGGGAUGCCAAUUUUCGCACUGUUCUGAGCUUCAUCACUGAAAUUGUGAAAUCCUUUGACAUUCAUCAGAUUGGUGCAAGAGUUGGUGCUGUCCAGUUCACAUACAAUCAGAGAACUGAAUUUGAUUUUGGUGAACAUUUAACAACGGACUCGGUGCUAAAUGCUAUCAAGGCUAUCCCUUACUGGAGUGGUGGCACAGCCACUGGGGAAGCAAUUACUUACACCACAAAGAAUUUGUUUGGAAAAUUGAAGAACAGCAAUCUGAAUGUGCUGAUCAUCAUCACUGAUGGCCAAUCUUAUGAUGAUGUUGAGGUUCCAGCAACUGUGGCACAUCAAUCAGGUACAGUCAUAUUUUCAGUUGGAAUUUCAUGGGCAAUGGAGCAGGAACUGAAAGCAAUGGCUUCAGAACCCAAAGAUGCACAUACUUUCUUCGUGCGAGAUUUCCCAAUGGUGUUCAAGCUCGUGCCUGAUAUUCUCAAAGGCAUCUGCAAAGAUUAUUUGGCUGUAGCAAUGUGAUCCAACAGCUACCGUGUGCCUUGAUAUUCAAAGGCAAUGAACUGAUUCUUGUCAUCAAUACUAACAAACAUGCUAGUGCAUUAUUUUGUAGAAAUAUAGGCCUGGAUAUAUUAAUAUAUGGUACUGCAUAUGCUAUUUCUACUACUUCACAAAUUAUUCAAAAUAAAAUCAGGAAUUUUAAGAUUUAAUUAACAUGGCAGUAUGCAAGAAUGCCUUUAUAAUCAGAGCUUGUAUGGUGAUAGACAAUGUACUGCAUGUUUGAGAUAAAUGUUGGUACUGUUUCAGUAAGAGUGUUUAAAAAGUGUGUUGGUCAUUUGAUUUCAGUUAAAGGUUCUUUACAUAAAAUGACUGGUUUAAAAUGUAUCUAACAUGUCCUUAUUGUCUGAAUGUUGUGUAAGCCAAUUUACAGAUACCUUACAGUUUAAAAUGAAUACCAGUCUAUUAAAUUUGAAUGAGCGACCAAGUGGGUAUUUGUGCUUACAAUAGUUCUAGUAGUAGAUAAGGUCAUGUCCAAAAAUUUAAAUCCUGAAGAAAAUUAUCAGCUUGAAAAUGGAAUCAAUUCCAAGCACUGGAAAUCACCUUGCAACUUGUUACCUUUUUAGAACGGACUACAUCCUUACGGUGUAGAGUAGAAUGUCUUCAAAAAUAAAUUUAAGGUAGUACAGUUUAUUAUAUUUCUUAGGUAUGAUAGUGAUUUUUUUUAAAGAAGUGCUUUUUAAAAUACAAACUGCACAAACAACGAACUACUCACAAUCUCUUGGAAUUGAUUGCUCACAUUAUCACAAAAUAAUAUUUGCAGAUUAAAUGUUCAAUUUCUCAUGUUUUGUUUAUUGUACAUAAAAUAUUAACUUCAACAUUUGGCCCACUGAUAACUUGACUGCCAAAUUACCAGAGACAAGAAAAUAACAUUUUAAGACAAUGUGGGCUUCUUCUUCCAUUCUGCUUCCUUAGAUUUGAUAAAACAGGAUCUUGCCAGUGAAUCACAAUCACUAAACAAAAGAAAAAAGAACUGCAGAUGCUGCAAAUCAGAAACAAAAUCAAAAUUGCUAGAAAAAAAAAUCAGCAGGGCUGGCAGCAUCUGUGAAGAGAAAAUAGAGUUAAUGUUUUGGGUCGAGUGAUCCUUCUUCAGAAUUGAAAUCACUAAUUAUCUUGGAAGGGCUAAUAAUUCCAUGCACCUUAACUGAUAAUUUCCUAGAACUUAAAAUUUCCCCUACUACCAGGCUACAGUAAAGUGAAUUCUGAGGUGAAUCAACUUGCUUUCGGACUGGAGAGCAGAAACAAUUGAAGUAAAAGCUCGGCAUUCUGAACUCUUAAGUGUAUAGUAUCAGACCGUGAACAGCAGAAGUUUCCAUUCUAAGUAUAUACUAACCUAAUCGAUGGCAUCUGUAUCCCUGGACUAGGAAGUGAAAAAUGAGCUAUGGUUCCCAUUCUUGAUUGUAAUCAAGUAAUUGUUGCUAGAAAAUGUGAAAGUGUAGAUCAUGGUUAGAAAUCAAACUAAUCCCAUUUGUUUUGCCCUUUGUGUUUAAAGUGGCCUUUGAUUACUGUUAACAAUCUCACAAUAUAAAAAAACCACUGAGCCAAAGUGUAGGCAUGCUGGUCAAAGUGAUGCAACCAUACAUUGCAAGAAGACAUGGCAAGAGACAGAGAAGGAAACUUGGACAGAAACAUAUACAUCAUCCUUGUCUCUUUGUAUAACCAUUCCACAAAAUCAAGUUUGAUAUAUCCUGUUUAAAUCUAGGCCAGUUUCCAUUUGGUAGCUGAAAUAUCUCCACAAAGGCUAGUAGCCCAUUACCAAGUACCCCUUUAUUUACACAUGCACAGUCCAUUGGCACUGGCCCAGCUAUCUCAGAGAGAGAGAGCAGAACCCUUGUUACUCCUUUUUAUUUUCUCCCCUCUUUCAUUUUUUAAAUAUCACUACACCACUGCCUUACAGCGAUAGUGCUUAUUUCUCCCCACAGCACCUAUGUUGUGUGAGCAUCUAAGUACAAGAGUCAGUAAAAACACAAAUGUGAAAGACAAUUUUAUUCUGCGUUUUCACUGCCAGAAAAAAUGCUCACGUGACCAGUGAAUCAUUAACAAGUAAAGUUCAGAACGAGCAAUGCUUACAUGAAAAAGGUCAAGGAGUGUGUAGGGAUCAAAUCAAAAUAGAGUUGGCGGAGGCGGGGGGAAAUGGGAGGAAUCUCCCGUUUAUAUCUGUUAGGCAGGGCUCCCUGAUUGGAGCUGUUAACUGGUCCAAUCAGGAAACUCAUAUUCUACAAUGUCCACCAAUCUGACUUUGUUACAAUCACUACAAAAAUUGUGUUUAACAAGAACAAAUGGAAAUGAAAUUUUUUAAAAAUGGAAGCUAACUAAAAAGUAUUAAAAAUGGCAAAAACAACAAAACUGGCUUGUGACUUCUAUUCCAUGCCAGUGACUACAACAUAGGUGUAUCAGGAAAGAAUCAAGUGACAUUAAAAACAUAUA